AUGCAUCCCACUUACCCUCACCGUACAUCAGCUGCAAACACCACUGUCAGACGUGUCACGGCGUCUAUCAGCGCUACACCCGGUUCUGAGUCGUCACUGGCAGCCCAGAACUUUAUCGUUGACAUCGUCAAAUUCGUGCACUCUCAACAAAGCGGCACUCAACUUCCAACCUCAUCACUGUUUACCGGUGUCAUCAAUUACGUCGGUACACUGAAAGCUUCCAACCAGGUCCCUGCAACACCAUGCCACCCCGGUCUCAGAAUCAGACACAGGUUCUAUUCCCUCAGCUUCCUCAUUCAACAAAGUCGUGGUCUUGUUGAGUGGGGGGGUGUUGUAGCUCGACUACGUAAUCUGGCGUAA